CCGACGCUAAGACUCCGUUGCUUUAGCCGGACCUCCGAACCUACGACAUCUGCACACUAUACUUCGACUAUUCUUAUUACAACGGCAACAAUAUCAGCCGCAAUUCACUUACCACCAUGGACAUGAAUUUUGGUGCACUGUUGGACUUGGACCGCAAUCAACACGACGGUUUGGAGCCCGCCGCCGCCACCGCGUCGUCGGUCACCGUGAUCGUGUCGAGCAACCACAACAGCAGCAGCAGCAGCAGCAGCAACCGCAGUACUCCGUCAAGCUUUCCGCCGGUCGCCGACUACCGUCAUCAGCAGCACCGCCGCCAGCAGCAGCAGCAGCACGUUCAGCCUGCCGCCGGCGACGUCCGCCACUUACACGACCGCGACGACCGCCUAGACGGCGUGGACAUGCAUGCGACCCAAUUAUCCUCGUCGGCCGUCAACGGAUACGACACCAUGAUGAUCGCUGGUUACAACAACUACUGCAGCAGCGCCGCCGCGUACGACCCGUACAACGGCUACACGCAAACGUUCGCCUCGCUGCCGCCGUACGACGACAUCCGAAACACUGCUCCGCUGUUGCCUCUUCUGCACUCACAACAACACAUGCCACAGCAACACGGUCCGGUGUUGCACGCCAGCGAUGAGAUGCAGACCGCCGCGGUAAGCGUGCAGCGCAAGCGGGAAAAGCAGAAGCGCCAGAGGACCGCUUACUCAAGCGAGCAACUGAUGCACCUCGAGGAGUCGUUCACGGCCAACCAGUACUUGAACAGGGCCAGGCGCAUCGAUCUGGCUCGGACGCUGCGGCUGACGGAAAGACAGAUCAAAAUUUGGUUUCAAAACAGGCGCAUGAAAGAGAAGAAGUCCAAGAGGGAUUCCGGCCAAGUGGAAUCUACCAGCGGUAGCGUGACGGCCAUGACGCCGGCGGCCUUGGCUGCGCUCAGCGGCCAACCGCCCCCGCCGGUGGUGCCGGUAACCGUGGCCGGCUGCGGCGGUUACGGCGCCGAUCAUUACGCGAGCAACGGCUGCUCGCCGCCGACCGCGAACAUGGCGAUGAAGUACAGUCCGUCGAGCACGUACUCGACACCGUCGCCGCCGGGCGUCCAGGUCCAUCACCAACGCCAUCAGCUCGCCGAACAUCAGCGUCCAGGACCGUCGGCCACGAUGCACCACCACUAUUCGCCGUACGGGCCAAACAUGUACAACGGAAACGCUUGCACGAUGCCGUCGCACCCGCCCACGUACGAGGAAACCGUCAACGGGCAGCACCAGUCCGUGCCGCUGCCGCCGCAAGUGCACUUGCACUGGUAUCCGACCUCGGUCAUAGCGUCUCACGACUCUGCCGCUGACGGGUUGCAGUGACUCGCACGUUUUUUUUUUAUGGUGACGGAUGGCGAUGAGGAGUGCCGGGAGGGGGCCCGCCUCGUGCUUCCGAUUUGAUCUCGGUCCGGGAUCGAAUCGGAAGCUCGACGGGAUCUUACGAACUCGGUUUUUUUUUUUUCUAUACAUUUUAUUAUUUGGAUUCUUUUUUUUUUCUCAUAUUAUUAUCUUAAUUCCCAGUGUUGACCGUCCGGACGACGACACGCUCAUGGUUUUUUAAAUAUGUAUGUCAUACUUGACAACUAACUAUUUUUAUUUUUUCAUCAUUAUUAUUAGUUACUAUUUUUUUCUCCAUUACAAUUAUACUUUAUACAUAUAUAUUAUAAUAUACUACAGGAUAUGCCUAUAUAGUCUUACUUGAAAAUCUCUAAAAAAAAAUACUUGAUAUAAUAACCCUUACUUACUAUUAUUACCGUAACCGUCGACAUGCAUACUAUAUUAUAUCAUUAGUAAUUAUCCACUUGCACUAUUAUUCAAUGCACACUCACAUGUUAAACGAUAUCCCACACAACUAUAAUAUUAUAAUCUUCGAAAUAAAAUGGAAAAAUGAAAAAAUGAUGAUUAGCACCAUUAUAUUAUAUUAUAUACAUCAGUACAUCACAAAAUACAACUAUAUUAUAUUUAUAUUUUUUAUUAUAGCCCAGACUGUUUUAUUGUAUUAAUACCUAUACUAGGUAUCGAUUUUAGAACUCUACAUAUUUUUAAUCACCAAGUAAAUAUCAUAUUAUUAUUAUAUAGGUAUAUAUUGUUUUAUUAUUAAUAAUAUUCAUUAUAUCAUUAUUUUGUAAAAAAAAAAAUUCAAAUGGUUUUUUUUUUAUUAAUAUUAUUUCAUUAGUAUUUCAACGAACGCACACGAGUUAUAUGAGUUUUUUAUGUAAUUAAAUAGAUAGGUAGGUAACGCGUUAAAAAACGUUUCGAUGGUUAUUUUUAAAGCGUUUUUACUCAUAAAAAUAACAUUUUUCAAUCAUACCUACCGACAGCAUUAUGUAUUGUAAUUUUACUUUAUUUUGUUAUGACAACAAUCUUACUGUUUAUACUUUUUUACUGCGUUAAGUUUUAUACACUCGUCAACGUUUUAUAAAAAUGAAAAUUAUGUUUAAAAAAAAUCUAACACUUUAUAUUUAUUAAGUAAAUUAUACGAAUGUUGUGCUAAUAAAUAAGUUGUAAUAUUAUGCUAAUCGGCUAUUUCUAUAACCGAACUUGUAGAAAACAUAUACUUGUCGUGUGUCAUUCGUUAAAUUCCUACAUAUUUUUAAGACUACUAUCAUUAUAAAAUAUUAUAUCUGUAACAAUUUAUUUUGUAAAUGUAUAUAUUCCAACGAUAUAAUAAAAGUUCACAAGUUUA